GUCUAGAUGGGAACCUCAUAGCCAGAGAAGGCUGGGGGCGGUGGCGUCGGAGACUGGGCUUAGAGACUUUGUGGGCUAAGUGACCCCGGGGUCCCUCCCCAGAGGUACUUGCCACCUUCUGAGCGCGGGCUGCGGCCCAGUCUCGCGCCCCUCCUGCUCUCCUUGCCCCCUCCCUCCUGAUUCCUGACCCAAAGUUCAACCCCAGGAGACUGGAGAAUACAGACUUUUUUUUCUUUCUUUCUUUCCUCCUGAGCUUCCGACUAGAAAAGGGAAAAAGCCCCACUUUUGCUUCGUCACUAGAAACCGGGUCAUCUGAGUCAGCCGAGCCAAGUGACGUUAGGCCGACCCGGGCUCCCGGCUAGCAGAGCGGAGGCGCUGCCACGAAACUCGUACCUGCGGCUAAGAGCAGGAAAACCCUUUCGAGUGUACCAUCUGUUUUCCUUGGGGCCUUGACUGAUGAGGAGAGGAAUAAGGAUUCGUAGAAGUGAGGUCAAAUUUAUCAAGAUGUCCACGAUCCCGAGGCACUUUGGCCUGAAAUACAAAGAGGAAUCCUAUAUGUUUAAAGAGCUUGAGAAGGUUCGGCAGGAAACUAAAAAGGAUUUUCUCCGAUUCAAGCAGAAGUUGGCCUCCAAGCCGGCUGUAGAUGAAAGGCCAGUCCACAGCCUCUAUGCCCCCGGCGCGGCCCGCCCCGAGCGCGUUUCCUGCGCCGCAGCCCGGACGUCGAGAGGGUCCCCUUCGGCUAAAGGCCCUGCAAUGUCCGCGGCCGCCCUCCUGCAGGAGGUGCUCGGAGUCGCGCCGCGGCCCUCGGGCCUGGGUGAGGCGGCGGCUCCAGGCAAGACCUUGUCGUUUCGCCCCCGGGACUUUUACUUGCGGAGCUCCGCGUUCCUACGGCAUCAUACCCUGAAAAAGCCGCCAGUCAUCGCCUCGGGGUUCGGCACGGCCAGACCCGUGGUCCUGCUGCCACCGCCCGAGCCGCCCGUGAAGCGCAGAGCGUGCAGGGUAUUGGGGAGCUCGCGGCACGCGGCCCCCAGGCCGGUCCUUGACCUGGGCAGGGAGCGCGAGGAGGGCCAGGAGGUAGCUCCUCUCUCAGGGCCCUGCAUGGCCAAAGAGAGGAAGGUCAGCUCCAUCUCCACAGAGGACGGUUACACGGAUGUCAGCAGCGGGCGGAGGAAAGUGAGGAUCCGCACCCACUUCAUGAGCGAGAGCCGGGCCCGCGAGGCGCGGGAAGCGGCGGGGUUAGGAGCCCAGGGAGAACAGGAGAGCUUGCCGCCCAGCGACGCGCGGGAGGCCGCCUGGCAGGCGCUGCUGCCCGCCCGCGUGAUCCCCACGUCCAUCGAAGAGAUCAUCGCCUCGCUGCAGUCCGAGGCCCAGCUGGCCUCCGACCAGACCAUCAAAGAGCUCAUACGGAGCAUCCUUGGCCAGAACUACGAUAUUAGAAUGGAAGAUAUUUCUUUAAUGGGAAAAAUGUACCGCAAAACAUCAAGUAUGCAAGCAGAAACACCUGAGAUACAAGCAGAGCAUAGAUUCCAGAUGGGUGCUGAGGAAUCACAAACGAAUAUGCAUAAGGAACUUCCUGAAGCCAUGUCAAGUAUUCUCCAGAUUGAACAAGAGGAUAUAGAAUGGGGAACCUCAGAAGUAGAAAGCACAGUAUUUAAACCUCAGGAAAUUUUGCAAGUUCAGCCAGCAGAGGAAUUAAGUAAACCUUUGGAAGAUGGACAGCCCACAAGUGAUUCAAAAGAAGCCAAGCGGGUGUCUUUAACGGCAAAAUCAUCAGAAUUCUUGCAAAUUGAAGGAAAAGAAGUUAAGCAAAUGCAGAAACGUGUAUCACUGAGACCAAGAAAGUCUUCAAAACCUCUUUGUGAUAAAAAACUACGUGAAAAAAUUCCACGAGACUACUCCAUGCCGCACCUUCAUGAUUUGUGCGCCACCAUCCCAGCCCGGGAACUGCCCAUUGACUUGCGCCUGGCUUCUCGAGUGUAUCACACUGCUAACAGGAAAGGCCACAAUACCUUGCUUGGAAAAUUUGGAACCUCUUUCUUAGAUGAUCACUUUACAGAUGAAGAACAAGCAGAUAGAAUAUUAUAUGGAAUUCCUGUUAUGGAUGACAACCAAGAAUAUGUCCAUAUUCCUCUGACACCACAAGGGAUACCACCUGAAUUGGCACAGGGAACUAGAGAGCGUGCUCACAAACCACACUUGCAAGUCUUGGGAGAGGAAAUGUGUGCUUAUCCAGAAUUCACGAAGUUGUUUUGGAAUACAGCUGCACCUAAAUUCUCUGUUCCAGAAUCUGUCAUGAAGGAAACUCUAUAUCCAAAAUAUGAGAGUGUUCAAGCAAGCAGACUUUUAACUGAUAAAUUUUCAUAUAAAAGCAGUGCCAUUACUUUUCGUCGACAUAGCAGAACAAAUUUUUGGUGUUUCUUAUCAAGAAAAUCUGCAUCAUUUGAAAAUAUCCAAAAAUGGUUUAGUGCACAACCUACACAACUAAGGCAAGUAAAAUCUGCUGUAGACUUGAGGAAGGAGGAUAUCAUAGCUCCUUUGGAAAUCAAGAAUGAUAUGCAAAGCAGUAUAAAAGAGGUUAUGUUUCAGAAAACAAAGGAAUUGAAACGUCAGCUCCAGCUCACUAAGCAAAAUAAAACUGAAGAACCCAUCCCUGUGAAAAAAAAUAUAGAUGACAUCUUUGAUAACAUGUGCGAAAAACACAGUUUGAGAAAUCUCUCUUUGACUCUCAUUGAAGCAUCUAAAAAAGCUGGCAUUAGUUACAUUGUUUAUCCCAAGAAAAAGAAGAUGAAAUGGAAGAAAAGAUUGAAACAACAAAAACUUAUAUUCGUGUAUGAAGAGUUAUCCAAGCCUCCAAAAUCUCUUGAAAGAUCAACAUCUCAUGGAAUACUUCCAGAACAGAAGAAAUAUUUGUUCAAAGUUCCAUUAUAUGAACGUCAAAUACGGUGUCCCAGUUUACCUUUGUAUUUAAAUUUUGAAAAAUUCUUCCAAACUAAGGGAGGAAUUCCAGAAAAUAUUGAUCCUCGGACAUGGGCUUUUGAUAGCCUCAUUGCGGACAAAGAUGCGAGCACGCCUGUAAAAGAGAAAGAUGAUAAAAUAUCAGUUCCUAAAGACCCACCUGAAAGAGUGAAAGAACCACCAAAACUAAAAUUAAGUGAUGAUGUGGAGUCCGAUCUUCCACAAGAGGUCAUUAAACAUUAUGAAUCUGAAGUGAAGAUUUUGACUGAAGAAAUAAACGAUAAGACAAAAUAUCCUGCAUUUGCAUAUUGUAGGCGUGGAGCUAUUUAUAGAAAACUGGGAAAGUUGCAGAGUGCCAUGAAUGAUCUACAGAGAGUAAUGCUCUUGGAACCAUUGUUUCUCAAUGCCUAUUGGCAACGACAUUUAAUUUAUCUUUUCCAAGACAAAAUUAAUGAAGCUUUGGAUGACUUGAAUUAUAUACAUAAAUAUAAUAAAAAUAAUACAGAGGCAUAUUUGUCAAAGGCAGAAAUUUACAGGGGAAAAAAAGACGUAACUAUGGCAAUUCUAAAUUAUACCCAGGCAAUUAAAUGCAGGCCCACAGAUGCUGACAUCUAUUUCAGGAGGGGUGAGAUGUAUGAAAUAGCAAACAAAGUACUGGCCAUUGAUGACUUUUCUAAAUGUAUUUUUUAUGAUCCCAAAAGAACAGAUGCAUUACUGAAACGUGGGCUGUUUUAUUAUGAAAAUGAAAACUGGUUUGCAGCCAUAGAGGAUUUCACAGCCUUGUUAAAUAUAGAUCACCAAAAUUCUCAAGCAAGGACAUACCGAGGGAUUGCAUAUGUUAAACGGAAAUUUUACAAAGAAGCAACUCAAGAUUUUUCUGCUGCAAUUCACUUAGAUCCUAAUAACUGGUUAGCAUUGUAUUAUCGAGGUUGCUUAUUCAGAAAGAGUAACCCUUUUAGAGCGCUACAGGAUUACAGUGUUUCAGCACUCAUAAAUGAUGGCUAUGAGAAUCUUGGUUGUUUUCUACAUCGGGGAAUAGUCUAUGCACAUCUAAAACUUUGGUUGCUGGCAAUUUGUGACUUUGAAACUGUUAUUUCUCUAGAAAGAACUACUACUUUGGCUUAUGUAAAUAUUGGCCUCAUACAUCUGCUAUACCUGGAUAACUACACGGAAGCCAUUUGGCAAUUUUCUGAGGCUAUUAGAAUUGAUCCUUUAUAUAUUCAAAGCUAUCUUUGUCGAGCAGAAACCUAUUUUAAGUUGCAUAAAUUGAAAAAGGCAGUAAAUGAAUUGUCUCGUGCUAUCCACCUUCAGCCAGAUGGAAUCCAAUUAUACAUAAGAAGAGGACAAUAUCUUCUUAUGAUGAAAUGUUAUGAUCUUGCAAAGUUUACUAUUUAUCAAGUAGCAGAAAUGGACAAAGGUCUUAUUGAGUUGAGUCCUAUACAGCAAGCCCUCAUUUAUUCAUUUUGUGAAAACCAUGACAAGGCCAUUGAGGUCUUGGAAGGAAUCAGCUGGAAUAGAGCUGAGAUGACCAUGUAUGCUCUAUUAGCAAAAGUUCAAAUGAAGGCCAAGAGAACCAAGGAAGCUGUGAAAAUGCUUAAGAAGGCUUUGGAUGUCAUUUCUCAUUCCGAUAAAGGACCAAACACCACAGCAAUUUCAGCAGACUGUCUGUAUAACUUGGGUCUUUGUUACAUGGAGGAAGGCAAUUUACAAAUGGCUUUUGAUUCUUUUACAAAAGCUGUGAAAGCAAAUCCAGAUUUUGCAGAAAGCUUUUAUCAACGAGGGCUUUGUAAAGUGAAACUCCACAAGGAUAGCUCGAUUCUGGAUUUUAAUCGUGCCAUUACCCUCAAUCCAAAACAUUACCAGGCAUAUUUAAGCCGAGUAGCAUUCUAUGGUUUAAAAGGCAGGUAUUCCAAAGCAAUCUUGAAUUGUAACAAGGCUAUAAAAAUUUACCCUGAGAGCGUACGUGCCUAUCUCUACAGAGGAGUUCUGAAAUACUACAACAAGACUUAUAAGCUAGCAAUUACAGAUUUAACCACAGCUAUCAGCAUGGACAAAAAUAGUUAUAUAGCAUUUUAUAACAGAGCAUUAUGUUACACCAAGAUAAGGGAACUUCAAAUGGCAUUAACAGAUUAUGGAAUUGUGCUGCUUCUUGAUGCUACAGAAACUGUAAAACUAAAUACGUUCCUUAAUCGUGGACUCAUCUACCUAGAACUAGACCAGUAUGGCUUUGCAUUAGAGUCAUGCCACCCUGGCCUUUUGCCAUUCCUUGGAAAUGCUGAGCUCCCUUGCUGCCCUAGGACCUUUACACGAGAUUUUAAACAAGCUGCUCUGAUAAGCCAGACUAACGAGAGCCUUUGUCACGCCACUGCCAUGUGCCAUCACAGAAUUAAUGAGUUUGAAGAAGCUGUCAAUUUCUUUACCUGGGCUCUUAAAAUUAACCCAUGUUUUCUGGAUGCUUAUGUUGGACGGGGAAAUUCUUACAUGGAAUGUGGUCAUGCUGAAGCCACCAAGCAAGCACAGAAAGACUUUCUGAAAGCGCUGCAUAUUAAUCCAGCAUACAUAAAAGCCAGAAUUAGUUUUGGCUAUAAUUUGCAGGCCCAAGGAAAAUUCCAGAAAGCUUGGAACCACUUUACCAUUGCCAUAGAUAUUGAUCCAAAGAACUACUUAGCCUAUGAAGGAAGAGCUGUGGUCUGUCUUCAGAUGGGUAAUAAUUUUGCUGCAAUGCAGGAUAUUAAUGCUGCCGUGAAGAUCAAUACUACAGCAGAAUUCUUAACAAAUCGUGGGGUGAUUCAUGAGUUUAUGGGCCAUAAACAGAAUGCAAUGAAAGACUAUCAAGAUGCAAUUUCUCUAAACCCCGAGUACUCGCUGGCUUACUUUAAUGCGGGAAAUAUCUACUUUCACCACAGGCAGUUUUCCCAGGCCAGUGGCUACUUCUCAAAAGCUUUAAAAUUUGAUCCAGAAAAUGAAUAUAUUCUCAUGAAUCGAGCUAUUACAAAUACAAUAUUAAAGAAAUACGAAGAAGCAAAAGGAGAUUUUGCAAAUGUAAUUGAAAGCUGUCCAUUUUGGGCUGCAGUAUAUUUUAAUAGAGCACAUUUCUACUACUGCUUAAAGCAAUAUGAACUAGCUGAGGAAGACCUUAAUAAAGCCCUGUCUUUGAAGCCUAAUGAUGCUCUAGUAUAUAAUUUUAGAGCAAAAGUUCGUUGUAAAAUAGGUCUGAUUGAGGAAGCUAUGGCUGACUAUAACCAAGCACUUCAUCUUGAAGACCAUAACUCAGUUAUAUGAUUACAUAGACCGUGGUUGCUAGAGUAAUUUACACAACUGUUCUCUCUGAAACUGAAACAUAUUUGUUGUCUAAAAGGUUCCACCAUUUUCAUUAUUGUAUUCAUUAUGCUUAGUCUUCCAUAUAACCUUCUAUGCAUUUUAAUAAAAUGUUUGUUAUACAUUAAUUAUAAAAUUUAUGUCAUUUUCUGCAUAUUUGGAAUACCUUGAUAAUUGAAUUUUUUCAAGGCUGCAAAAUUUAAAGGAAAAUGUUUCUUAAGGAAUUAAAUAGGAAUGUUUCUUAACAUUUAAAAUAUUUUCUUUAAAGUAAUUCUUUUUGAAAUAAUACUAUAUAUUGUAGAAAAAAUGUCAUCGACCUUUUCAUCAAUCCUUGCUGAUAAUGUAUUCAACAGUAUACAGAUUAAAAAAAAUAAACAGAACUGAUGACUAUAAAAAA